AAUCAUUCGUCGCAUACAGGUUAGGGACACAGGUCGGCUGGUGCGCGGUGCGUGCGUUAGAGGUUAGGUUUCCUGGUCUCUGUAUUUUGAAUAAGUAGCCGAACUGUGGCUCCGACUCCUAUUAAGUCUCCCGUAUUAUGCGAGACAAUGCGAUAUUCUAUCGGUCAACCGCGUAACGCGGCAGUGACGUAAGCGUAAUCUAAGUGAGUCAUGUGCAAACUCAAAGCAUGGUUGUCACGCAACGAAAGAUGAAGCAGAUUGCACUCUUCGCGGUAUGUGUAUUAGUGGUAUUCGGUUUCUACAAGACUCUGGUGAAUACAGAAGAGGAGCACUCGUUUAUUCGCGGCCGAUUCCAUAGAUUGGAUAAAGUGAGCAGAGAUAAAGACGACGGUCUGGACGAUAAGAACGUUAUAGUGACUCAAAAGAUACGCAAUGUCGACGAGGAGGACGGGGAUAUCAAAGACAUCGAAGAGGCCAAGAUGCGUAUCCGCGAGAUGGAGGGCAAGCUGCAGCACCUGGAGGCCGCGAUCGAGAACAGAGUAUCGAAGAACUUCCCGACGGUCAAGUUCCUCAAUUACAAGAACCGGAAACGAAUACUGGUGACGGGCGGCGCCGGUUUCGUCGGUUCUCAUCUGGUCGAUCGUCUGAUGCUGGCCGGACACGAGGUCAUAAUCGUCGACAACUUCUUCACCGGCAGAAAGCGCAACGUGGAGCACUGGGUCGGCCAUGAGAACUUCGAGCUGGUGCAUCAUGACAUCGUGAGGCCACUUUAUCUGGAGGUCGACGAGAUCUAUCAUCUCGCCAGCCCGGCUAGUCCGCCACACUAUAUGCUGAAUCCUGUAAAAACGAUUAAGACGAAUACGUUAGGCACUAUAAAUAUGUUGGGACUUGCGAAACGCGUAGGCGCACGAGUAUUAAUCGCGAGCACGUCGGAAAUUUAUGGAGAUCCCACUGAACACCCACAAGCGGAAACUUACUGGGGUCACGUGAAUCCAAUCGGUCCACGAGCCUGCUAUGACGAGGGCAAACGCGUCGCAGAGACACUGAGCUACGCUUACAUGAGGCAAGAAGGCGUCUCCGUCCGGGUCGCGCGGAUUUUCAAUACCUUCGGGCCCAGAAUGCACAUGAACGACGGACGCGUCGUGUCGAACUUCAUUCUCCAAGCCCUGCAGAAUGAGUCGAUCACGAUUUACGGUAGUGGCAAGCAGACGCGAUCGUUCCAAUAUGUCUCGGACCUGGUGGACGGAUUAGUGGCGUUGAUGGCAUCCAAUUACAGCUUACCCGUAAAUAUCGGGAAUCCCGUGGAGCACACGAUCGAAAAAUUCGCGCGUAUAAUAAAAGACUUGGUGGGCGCCACCAGCGAGAUAGUGGAGCUCGCGGCGGUCGAGGAUGAUCCGCAGAGAAGAAGACCGGAUAUUAGCAGAGCUAAGAAGUACUUGAACUGGGAACCGAAGGUUCCACUGGCCGAAGGCCUCAAGAAAACGAUAGUAUACUUUGCUAGAGAAUUACGAAGGACAGAGCAUUCGCAGAAAAGUAGCUUUAAGCAGUCUUCUUACAAGAGCGAUCACGAUAUAGUAGAGCAGCUUUAGGAGGGAGAAGGAAAGGUCACGUUUAAUGUAUCCACUUUCAGAAGUGGCGUGAAAGUGCCAUUAAGCUAUGGACCAGUAUGUGCCAAAAUAUCCCCGUCCAACUUGAAUUUUACAUGAUUUAUAUACACACGGCAAUGAGUAUAUACACUUCUCACACAAUACACGGUUACCACAUCGACCAGUCUCUGAACCGUUUUUCCUAUCACAUACCGCCGUGUAUUCGUGGAAGUAACAAUCUAAAAGUCCAUUACUUUUUAUUUUUUCCUCCAUGACUAUGCACUUCGCGAUUUUAAUGAUUUUUUAUUUCAAGUGCUAUUUAUUAUCCUCCGUCUUUUUGUAUACGUACGCGCGUGCACACAUAUUCUGUAAAUAAAUGACAUGUACUCAUUACUCCUCCCGUGCAGAAAUAUUACGUAGAAUAUUCCUUAUUUCUCAUCGCACCUGUAUCUAUGAUUUUUGUGCGAGAGAUCCCUCCCUCAGAGGGUGAAAGAAGGGUGCCACAAUGGUAAGGAAACACACUGUCUCGCGCUUUAGUCACGAGAAGUUGUGUGUGUGUGUGUGUGUCUGUGUGUGUGUGUUGGCUCGAAUGUGAAGUAAUUUCGCGCUCAGCUUUCACAUGUAGAAAUAUUUGCGUGCAACUAUGAUACGUCGAUCCGCGCUUUCCAUUCGUCUCUUGUAGUUUCGAUAGUGUUAUCACCAAGGAUGUACUUGCAAUUUAUAAAACUCUAAGGAAUGUUUAUUAUUAUUUAAGUUACUUAACAGUAGCAAUAACACAGGGCCAAGGAGUUUCAUCAAAACGCACGGUAUCCAAUAUCGAUGGAAAAGGUGUUUAUACGACAUAUUGCAGUUAUGUUAUGUACAAUAUGUUACGUUAUACAAUGAGUAUGUUAUGUUAUAUAUUUAUAUAUAUAUAUGUUAUAUAUAUAUAUAUAUAUAUAUAUAUAUAUAUAUAUAUAUAUAUAUAUAUAUAUAUACACACAUAUACAUAACAUCAGUAUAUAAAAUAGAUACAUCUAGUGUGAUCAUGAACUGUGAGACUGUAACGACAAACAGCGUGUAAGCAAGAAAGUAAUUUUAUAUUUUAUGUAUAAGUGAUCGAAACAAGAAAAGGGGAAUACAUCUUUGCGAUAAUGUAUUCCUUAUGGUAUAACUUGUAUGAUAUAUUAAUUGAGUACUGUGCACACGUAUUACCGUUAAAUCGAUGAGAAGAAACGAGGGAAAGUGUCGGCGGCCUGUCGCAGCGAGUUCGUACAAACAAAUGCGAGAAACGGAGAUACGAUGUGUACGGGAUAUGAUGUAAACAAAUAAAUAAUCGAUGAACGAA